GCUGCUGCUGCGGCCCGGGGCCCUCGCCCGCCCGGUGGCAGCGGGAGGUGUCGCCGGGCCAGACGCGCGGGGGCGGGGGCAGAGGCGCCGCGAGCAAAGUCCAGGCCCGCGGCUGCAGCGCCCGCGUCCUGCCUGCCACUCGGCCGAGACGCGCGGGGUCCGAGGCGGAGAUGGAUCUCGAGGCGGGCAGGAACGGGACGGCCCGGCGUCCCCGGAGAGCGGAGGGCGACUUGGAGCUGGGCAGCAGGAGCAGCAGCAGCAACCAAGACAAGAAAAAAAUGAAGAAAGUGAAAUUGAUUGGACCAUUAACAUUGUUUCGAUAUUCUGAUUGGCAGGAUAAAUUAUUUAUGUCCCUGGGCACUAUCAUGGCCAUAGCUCAUGGAUCGGGUCUCCCCCUCAUGAUGAUAGUAUUUGGAGAAAUGACUGACAGAUUUGUUAAUACUUCAGGAAACUUCUCCUUAUCAGUGAAUUUUUCAUUGUCAAUGUUAAAACCAGGCAGAAUUCUGGAAGAAGAAAUGACUAGAUAUGCAUAUUAUUACUCAGGAUUAGGUGCUGGCGUUCUCAUUGCUGCCUAUAUACAAGUUUCAUUUUGGACUUUGGCAGCUGGCCGACAAAUUAAGAAAAUCAGGCAACAGUUUUUCCAUGCUAUUCUACGACAGGAAAUAGGCUGGUUUGACAUCAAAGACACCGCAGAGCUCAAUACAAGGCUAACAGAUGACAUCUCCAAAAUCAGUGAAGGAAUUGGUGACAAGGUUGGAAUGUUCUUUCAAGCAGUAGCCACGUUUUUUGCAGGAUUUAUAGUGGGGUUCAUCAGGGGCUGGAAGCUCACUUUGGUGAUAAUGGCCAUUAGCCCUAUCCUGGGACUCUCUGCAGCUAUUUGGGCAAAGAUUCUCUCCGCAUUUAGUGACAAGGAACUAGCUGCAUAUGCAAAAGCAGGUGCUGUGGCAGAAGAGGCUCUGGGGGCCAUCAGGACCGUGAUAGCUUUUGGGGGCCAGAACAAAGAACUGGAAAGGUAUCAAAAGCAUUUAGAAAAUGCCAAAAAGAUUGGAAUUAAAAAAGCUAUAUCAGCAAACAUUUCUAUGGGCAUUGCCUUCCUAUUAAUAUAUGCAUCAUAUGCAUUGGCCUUCUGGUAUGGAUCCACUCUAGUUAUAUCAAGAGAAUAUACUAUUGGAAAUGCAAUGACAGUAUUUUUUUCAAUCCUGAUUGGAGCUUUCAGUGUUGGACAGGCUGCUCCAUGUAUUGAUGCUUUUGCCAAUGCAAGAGGAGCAGCAUAUGCGAUCUUUGAUAUUAUUGAUAAUAAUCCUAAAAUUGACAGUUUUUCAGAGAGAGGACACAAACCUGAGAGCAUCAAGGGGAAUUUGGAGUUCAAUGAUGUUCAUUUUUCUUACCCAGCUCGAGCUAAUGUCAAGAUUUUGAAAGGCCUCAACCUGAAAGUUCAGUGUGGGCAGACAGUGGCCUUGGUUGGGAACAGCGGCUGUGGGAAGAGCACGACAGUCCAGCUAAUUCAGAGGCUCUAUGACCCUGAUGAGGGUACGAUUAACAUUGAUGGCCAGGAUAUUCGGACUUUUAAUGUAAGGUAUUUAAGGGAAAUCAUUGGAGUGGUGAGUCAAGAACCUGUGCUCUUUUCCACUACCAUUGCUGAAAAUAUUCGCUACGGCCGUGGUAAUGUCACCAUGGAUGAGAUAAAGAAAGCCGUCAAAGAAGCCAAUGCUUAUGAGUUCAUCAUGAAACUGCCACAGAAAUUUGACACCCUGGUUGGGGACCGGGGAGCACAGUUGAGUGGGGGGCAAAAACAGAGAAUUGCCAUCGCUCGGGCCUUGGUUCGCAAUCCCAAGAUCCUGCUCCUGGAUGAGGCCACCUCAGCCUUGGAUACUGAAAGUGAAGCUGAGGUCCAGGCGGCUUUAGAUAAGGCCAGAGAAGGCCGGACCACCAUUGUCAUAGCACACCGACUGUCCACAAUUCGAAAUGCAGAUGUCAUAGCUGGGUUUGAGGAUGGAGUCAUUGUAGAGCAAGGAAGCCAUAGUGAACUAAUGAAGAAGGAAGGAGUAUACUUCAAGCUUGUUAACAUGCAGACUUCAGGGAACCAAAUACAGUCAGAAGAAUUUGAGGUUGAAGUCAAUGAGGAAAAAGCUGCCACAGGUUUGGCCCCAAAUGGCUGGAAAUCACGAAUAUAUAGGACUUCUACACAUAAAAGUCUUAGAAAUUCACGAAAGCGUCAAAAUGGUCUAGAUAUGGAAACCAUUGAACUUGAUGAAAAUGUACCACCAGUGUCCUUUCUGAAGGUUCUGAAACUGAAUAAAACCGAGUGGCCCUACUUUGUAGUGGGAACAGUAUGUGCCAUUGCCAAUGGGGCACUUCAGCCUGCGUUUUCAGUCUUAUUUUCAGAGAUGAUAGCGAUUUUUGGACCAGGGGAUGAUGAAGUGAAGCAACAGAAGUGCAACAUGUUCUCCUUGCUUUUUUUAGGUCUGGGGAUUAUUUCUUUUUUCACUUUCUUCCUUCAGGGCUUCACUUUUGGGAAAGCUGGAGAGAUCCUCACCACCAGGCUCCGGUCAAUGGCCUUUAAAGCAAUGCUAAGACAGGACAUGAGCUGGUUUGAUGAUCAUAAAAACAGCACUGGUGCACUUUCUACAAGACUUGCAACAGAUGCCUCCCAAGUUCAAGGUGCCACUGGGACCAGGCUGGCUUUAAUUGCACAGAAUACAGCUAACCUUGGAACUGGUAUUAUUAUCUCAUUUGUCUAUGGUUGGCAGUUAACCCUUUUGCUACUAUCUGUUGUACCAAUUAUUGCUAUAUCAGGAAUUGUGGAAAUGAAAAUGUUGGCUGGAAAUGCUAAAAGAGAUAAAAAAGAACUAGAAACUGCUGGGAAGAUUGCAACAGAGGCAAUAGAAAAUAUUAGGACAGUUGUGUCCUUGACUCAGGAAAGAAAAUUUGAAUCAAUGUAUGUCGAAAAAUUGUAUGGUGCUUACAGGAAUUCUGUGCGGAAGGCACACAUCUAUGGAAUUACUUUCAGUAUUUCACAAGCAUUUAUGUACUUUUCUUAUGCUGGUUGUUUUCGAUUUGGUGCCUAUCUCAUUGUGAAUGGACAUAUGCGUUUCAGAGAUGUUAUUCUGGUGUUUUCAGCAAUUGUGUUUGGUGCAGUAGCUCUAGGACAUGCUAGUUCCUUUGCUCCAGACUAUGCGAAAGCCAAGCUGUCUGCUGCACAUUUAUUUAUGUUGUUUGAAAGACAACCUUUGAUUGACAGUUACAGUGAAGAAGGACUGAGACCUGAGAAGUUGGAAGGAAAUGUGACAUUCAAUGAAGUUGUGUUCAACUAUCCUACCCGACCAAAUGUGCCCGUGCUGCAGGGGUUGAACCUCCAGGUAAAGAAAGGUCAGACACUGGCCCUCGUGGGCAGUAGUGGCUGUGGGAAGAGCACGGUGGUCCAGCUCCUGGAACGGUUCUACGACCCUCUAUCUGGAACAGUGUUUCUAGAUGGUCAAGAAGCAAAGAAACUCAAUAUCCAGUGGCUCAGAGCUCAAAUUGGAAUUGUGUCUCAGGAGCCCAUCCUGUUUGACUGUAGCAUUGCUGAGAACAUUGCCUAUGGUGACAAUAGCCGAAUUGUAUCAAAAGAUGAAAUUGUGAAUGCAGCCAAAGCAGCCAACAUACAUCCAUUCAUUGAGACAUUGCCUCAGGCAUACAAUGUUCCAACACCAGGGGCUGGAGUGAUGACACUAGAGAAAUAUGAAACAAAAGUAGGAGAUAAGGGGACUCAGCUCUCAGGAGGUCAAAAACAGAGGAUUGCUAUCGCCCGAGCUCUUAUCAGACAACCUCAAAUCCUUCUGCUGGAUGAAGCUACAUCAGCUUUGGAUACUGAAAGUGAAAAGAUUGUCCAGGAAGCCUUGGACAAGGCCAGAGAAGGGCGCACCUGCAUUGUGAUCGCUCACCGCCUGUCCACCAUCCAGAAUGCAGACCUCAUCGUGGUGUUCCAGAACGGUAGGAUCAAGGAGCACGGCACACACCAACAGCUGCUGGCACAGAAAGGCAUCUACUAUUCCAUGGUCAAUGUUCAGACUGGGACACAGAACUUAUGAACUCUUGUUAUGUCUUAAAAAAUAAAUAUAAAACAUUCUACAACUUUUUUUUUCUAAUUUGUUAAAGAAAUUUUCUAGUUUUAUAUAUA